AUGGAUAUCCACCACCACAACAGGCUGGAUAUCCAGGUUAUCCACCACAGCAACAGGGGCUAUCCACCACAGCAACAGGGCUAUCCACCACAGCAACAGGGCUAUCCAUCACAGCAACAGGGCUAUCCUCCACAACAAGGUUACCCACCUCAGCCAGGGUACCCGCCCCAGCCAGGGUACCCACCACAGCAAGGGUACCCACCACAGCAAGGCUAUCCUCCACAGCAAGUUUAUGCUCCGCAGCCUGGAUACCCUGUUCAACCUGGUUAUCCUGCCCAUGGACAUGGACACCAUCAUGGUCAUGCGUAUGCCCAGCCCGGGUAUGUGGCACAGCCUGGAGUGGUUUUUGCUGGUGGUAUGAUGAAGCAUGGCAAGAUGAAGCAUGGUAAGCAUAAGGGAUACAAGUACAAGGGUCAUAAACAUAAAGGGUUUAAAGGCAAAGGCUUCAAGAAGAUGGGCAAGAAGAUGAAGAAGAUGUUCAAGUAA